AUUACAUACCGUCUGGCUACAAAGAUGUGACCGUUUCUACCAAUCGGAUUCAUUGUUUUGAAAUCGUUGAAGAACAAAAUUAUCCAUGAAUACAAUAAACUGGAUCAUAUGUGGGUUACCUAGCUCUGCGAUUUGAAGUCGAAAUUACAUCAAUUGUGCGGAUUAAAUUUAGUGAAAUGGAUGCAGGUCUCUAUCAAGCGUUGAACGGGACGAACGGGACGCACGGAAAGGAAAACGGCUCCGUCAGCCACUCGAACUACGUGGAGGACUAUGACGACACCGAGGGCAGCUCCUCCAUCCUGUUCUCGGUGCCAGAGAAGAUUGGCGCCCUCGCAACGGCGCUCAAAGUGUUCAAAACUCACAAGGUGAAUCUGAUCCAUAUCGAGUCCCGGCCCUCCAAGAAGAGUGACGAUCAGUACGAGUUCUUCGUUGACGCCGACGAUACGAAAGGCGGUCUGAAGGACGCUAUCCUCGCACUCAAAGGUCAAGGUUACGAUGUCACGUACCUGACCCGCAAACACCAGCGGGGCUCAAGAGGAAACUCCAUCUCAAUUGACAAAGAAGUACCAUGGUUCCCACGGCGCAUCGCCGACUUGGACCGGUUCGCAAACCAGAUUCUGAGUUACGGAUCAGAGUUGGACUCGGACCACCCCGGCUUCACGGACGCCGUGUACCGGGCACGCCGUAAGGAGUUCGCCGACAUCGCUUUCAACUACAAACAUGGGACUCCGAUCCCCAGGGUGACCUACUCGGAAGACGAAGUGAAAACAUGGGGUACGAUUUUCCGAGAGUUGACCAAGCUGUACCCCACACAUGCGUGCCGCGAGUUCAACCACGUGUUUCCGCUUCUCCGGGACAACUGCGGCUUCCGGGAAGACAACAUUCCGCAACUCGAGGACGUUUCCAACUUCCUGCAGAGCUGUACGGGGUUCCGUCUGCGGCCGGUUGCGGGGCUGUUGUCGUCACGUGACUUCCUGGCGGGACUGGCGUUCCGCGUGUUCCACUCUACACAGUACAUACGCCACUCCUCCAAACCAAUGUACACUCCAGAACCCGACGUCUGCCACGAACUACUUGGUCACGUGCCACUGUUCGCGGAUCCCAUCUUCGCCCAAUUCUCCCAGGAGAUCGGCCUGGCGUCGUUAGGUGCCCCAGACGACUACAUAAAGAAAAUCGCUACGUGCUAUUGGUUCACGGUGGAGUUCGGUAUGUGUCACCAGGACGAUGAGGUCAGAGCAUACGGGGCGGGACUACUGUCAUCGUUCGGAGAGCUCCAGUACUGUCUGACUGAUAAGCCCCAGAAGCGGCCCUUCGAGCCCGUUAAGACGGCUGAGCAGGACUAUCCUAUCACAGAGUUCCAACCCAUAUACUUUGUGGCGGAAAGCUUUGAGAACGCCAAACAGAAAAUGCGCGAGUACGCCUCCACCAUUCCGCGCCCGUUCUCGGUACAGUACAACCCCUACACGCAGUCAGUAGACGUGAUAGAGUCCCAGUCCCAGCUGCUCAAUCUCGCCAGGAACAUCAAGUCUGAAAUGACUUUGCUGGAGGACGCUAUUUCGAAGUUUAAGUAACAAGUAUAAAGAAGAAAAGGUGAGCAGAAAUCAUCAUAGAAACACGGACACUUUAACGACGGAUUACUUUUUUUGUAUGAAGAUUUUUUAUUUUUUUCACAAUUUUCUGUUGUACGAAACCCCGCGAAAAGUGAUGAAUGUAUUUUUAAUGGAGACCAAUAUAUAAAUGGGUGUCUGGUCUAGCAGAAUAUUUUGUAACGUUAUAAAGGUUUGCUAAUGCAUGUAUGUUAACAUUAUGUGCGUAAAAAACACGAACCUGAUUGUUUUGUAGCGUUUACUUCUGUUUUUAUUACGACAUCGUUUGCUCAAUUUUCUGUAUCAAGCAUGUUGUCUAAUUUUCUUCAUAAUGUAUGAAAGUGAAACUACAAUUUGUUUGUGUGAUAUUCAAUAUACAACUUCAAUUUAUUGUACAAUGUAUGGGGCAUCCUUUUGAAUUUACGGAAUAUUGUAUAUAAUAUAUUUGUCGGUGGAUGAAUUAUUUCAUGAAUAUUGUAUAAUUAUAAAGUAUCUUUGCAUGUAUAUGUGCUUGUGCAUGAAUGAACACACGAAUACUGCUUCUAACUGAAUUAUCGGUGUAUGAAUUUGUUUAUUUAUUCAUUCUUAAUUCAAGUUGUACAUAUUUGGUAUUGCGUUUUUGAUGAUUGCUUUAUAUUCGUGUUUUUAUUUAUUGCUAUACACUUAUUAUUCGGAGAAAGCGUGAUAAUCGGGAUACGUGGUUAUGAAGAGUACAUUUGUGUAUUUAGAUACAGUGACAUUACGCUUGCUCUAUCGAACUUACCGUAUAUACCGUUGGCUUACUUUAAAUCAAAUUAAAUGGUUGAGAAAUGCAUGUCCGUACAUUCGAAUAUGUUUGAACAACGUCAGUGAGUUGUCUUCCUUUUGUAGGAAUUUGCUUGUCGAAACUCUUCUUGAUUAAAAUAUGAGAAUGCUGA